UCUCUGCAGACGGAAGAUGGUUGACCUCUCAAAACACUGAACUGAUGAAAGGAAAAAAUGCAACGAUAACCCACUCUUGACUUCCCUCACUGAGGGACUCCUUACAUUUUGAGGUGAAGAAAUAACUUGAGGGGAAAACUUACCACAUUACAUAUAACAAGGUAAAUCUGCAAACUUGCGCUACAGAUAAAACCAGCAUGUCUAAUUUUAUGGAGAAUGGCCACAGUAAGCAUAAUGGGGAAGCUGAGCAGGUAUGGGAGAGACCCUGGACACUCGAAGAGAUGCAGAAAUCCAGCACAAACUGGUCACUGGCAGCAGAUUCAGGGUUAUUCCUUUUCCUGCAAGACUUCUCUCAAAGGAUGUUGUCCAAGACACAUGAGAUUGAGAAGCAAUUGGACGGUCUUAUUCAGGAUACUAAAGCCACAGACAGCUGCCUACACACUAUGUUUAAUGAUUUUGUCAUGCUCUCCAACACACAGUUCAUUGAAAAUAGGGUUUAUGAUGAAGAGGUAGAAGAGACUGCUCCAAAGCCCGAGACCAUAGAGAAACAGCCUGAACAGGAGAAGACAAGGGAACAGAAGGAGGCUGAACUUAUACCCAAAGUCCAGGAGGCAGUCAACUAUGGUCUGAAAGUCCUGGAAUGUGCUUUUGAACAACUGGACAUUAAAGCCGGAAACUCCGACUCUGAGGAUGAGGAGGCACUGGAGAAAGUAGAGCCAAUUUUGGAAGCAAAGGACCUGUAUGUGGACAGACCUUUGCCGUACUUGAUCGGGUCUCAAGUGUUUAUGGAUCAGGAUGAUGUCGGCCUGGGGGAUCAAUCCAGUGAUGAAAUGUCUAUUGAUAGUGACCGAGACAGUGUCAUUGAGAGUGAGGAUGGCGAAGCUAAUGAGCGCUCAGAUGAAGACGUUGACCAGGAUGAGGAAGUACAUGGUGACUUUAAGAAAAAGCCGUCUGUUGUCAGUUACGAUGAUGCUGAUGAAGAGAAUGAAGAUGAUGAAGAUUCAGACAUAUUUGGAGGGUCUGAUAAGGAGGAAGACGAAAUCAGGAAGGACACUGGCCUUUCAUCUUUUGCCGAUGAACUAGCUGCCAGAAUCAAGGGAGAAACUGCAAGCAAACCAAAAGCUGAUUGCACUUCACUGUCAUCAGGUCCAUCCAUCUCACAGAAGAAGAGUAAAGCAAAGAAAGAGCCAAAGCCGCAGGUGGAAGAUGAUAAGGAUGAGAUGUUUAAACCACCAAACAUGGAAGAUGAGGAAUAUUCCCCAUUUGGAGGGAAGGGUGGACUCUUUAGUGGAGGCAAAGGCCUGUUUGAUGAUGAUGAUGAGGGAGACCUGUUUUCUGAUGCACCUAAAAAUGAACCACCUAAAAAGGAACAGACUGUAAACCAAACAGAAUGCAACCUGUUUAGCUCACCAAAUGAUUCAGAUUCAUUAGAAAGCAAAGACGGUAAGAGUCCAGUGAGACCCAAAGUGCAGGGAGCUCCAAAACAUGCUUCGGUUGGUGUUGGGCUCUUUGAUGAAAAUGAUGAUGAUGAAUUUUUCAGCGGGAAGACACUUAAAAAAUCCACACAUGUUGCAAAUGAGAAACAAAGGCCAAAGAAAACAGUAGACCUGUUUAGGGGGGAUAAGGAGGAGGAUUAUGAUAAAGAUGGAGGUAUUUUCAGUGGGAAAUUCAGCACAGCUACUCCCCAGCAUGACAAAAGAAUUGAGGGGGAAGAGGAGACCCGCCCUCCUGAGAAAAAGCUACCUGCUGGAGCCAUUUCAAUGUUUGGGCCUGGAACUAAAAAUAUACUGGUGGAGGGGUUCAAGAAACGGCGGCCUUCAACUAGUGAGGAGUCUGAAAAAUCUGAAGAGAGUGUACCUCCACCUGAAGCAGUCAAAUCUUCACCUCCACUGGGAGUAUCGGAGAAGGCAACAAGCAAGGGCCUGUUCUCAGAUGAUGAAGACUCACAAAUAUUCCCAAGAGAGACUAAAAUUCAAUCAAAGCCUGCAACUCAAAACAAACCCAUUAAACCUCCGCUCUCAAUAUUUGAUGAUGAAGAGGAGGAGGACCUCUUUACAUCGGCAUCAAAGCCCAAUUCAGUUCAGGUCAAAAAAACAUCCCUACAACCCAAGAAACCUGUAUCAAGUGGACUCUUUAGUGAUGAUGAGGAUCAGUGUAUGAGUACUAAGCCCAAUAAUGAAAGCCUAGAUGUGAAGCCUGGCGGAAUGAAGCCUAGCACUAGUGCCCCCUCCAGUCUACCCAGUGUCAAAGGACUACAAAAAGACAGCCUGUUUGAUGAGAAUGACGAUGAUGAUCUGUUUGCAGCCACAAAGGAGUCAAGUAAGAAGUCAUCUCAGAGGGCAUCCCUUUUGUUUGAGGAUGAUGAUAAUGAUGAGGAUAAAGAACAACUUUUUGGCUUCAAACCACCAACAAAUAAAAGUCCAUCUGAACCUAAGGAGGGCAACUUGACCACUGCAGCAACAGAAAAGAUAGCAGAGGUGAAGAAGUCUGUGGAAUCCAUUCUGUCCUCUGAAGACAGCACUGAGAUAAAGAAGAAACCGACAGGGGCAGUUAGUCUUUUUGGUGGCAUCGACAUAUUUGGAGACAAGCAAGAUACAAACAAAAAACAGACUAAGAGCACAGUGGUGAUUGCUGAUGGUGAAAACCUGCAGAAGGAGGGUCCACCUCCUAUGGAGAUUAAGGGGGCCAUGGCCAAGAAAACAGCACUGAGUCUUUUUGAUGAUGAUGAUGAUGAUGAUGAUGAUGAUGAUGAAGACGACAGACCUGAUGAAAUCAUUCCUGCCCCUGAAAUAUCCAAACCAGCAGAAAAAUAUACACUUAAGGAUCAUGUGCCCCGCAUUAAGAGCACAGGUGUGUUUCAAGAUGAAGAGAUCCUUUUCAGUCACACGCAACAGAGAGACAACGAUCCGGAUGUAGACCUCUUCGCCACAUCUCCUAAACCAGCCGUGUCAUCCCAGAGCUCAGUAAAGCCUGGGGCCCCCACACUGUUUGGGGAUGAUGAUAAUGAUGAUCUCUUCAGUUCAGCAAAGCCUAAACCUCCUCCGAAAGUACCAGAAAAGCCCAUCAAUCCGACAACAGAUGACACCGACAAAUCAACACUGACCUCAAGCAAGGAGCCUUCAAGUCCCCUAAAAUCUAAAAAAACAUCCUUCAGGAUUGGAGAACUUCAAGCUAGUUUAGCUGUCAACCCUGCCAGCCUUCUGCCAGGCAUGGUUCCACAGAUUCUAGGAGCUGUCAGUGUAAUCCCUGGUCUGGCACCCUCUUCAUUCCCCACAGCUGCCAGGCCACUGCCAGCUACUGAUACCAUCCCUGAUCGUCAUCCCUCAAGUGAGGGAGGGGUGAGCUUUGAAUCUCCAGCUCAAGUGAACACUCUACAGAAUGCUAACAAGGGUCGAGCAAAAGCUGCAGGACGACGGCGACCCCAAACAAGGGCAGCAAGGCACCUGGCUGCACAGCAGUCUGUGGAAGAAAUUGGGGAGGAGGGUCUAGACAAGAGCUCCUCUACACAAGAUGUUGAACCAGAUACGGCUGCUUCACUACCUAUUUUUAAUCCUGUUUCAGUGCGGCCUUCAGCACUCACUAUACCUGUCACAACCCCUGCUGCACCCAAGAGCACAGAUGUAGCAUUCAAGCCGAAGAGGUUUCUUGAUGCUGAAGACGACCUGUUUGAUUCUGAUGAUCUCUUUGCCUCUGCAUCUGCCAUAAAGCCUCUUCCCUCAUCAAAACACAAAACAAAGCCCCCUGAGGAAGGCCAUAAGAAAGCCUCCAAGACAGAGGCAGGCACAAGCUCAAAGAAAGACCAGGCUCCAUCUAUUUUUGACAGCCACAGUGAUGAUCUUUUUGCCAAAAUGAAACAGAAGCCGGUCCAGAAAGCAAAGCAGCCUGUGUCCUUCCUAGAUGAUGAAGAUGAUGAUGAUAUUUUUGGAGCAGGAAAAAGAAACAGAACAGAAUGUAAAAACUCCAAAACAGAAGUCAGCUCGACAAAACCAGACAUUUUCCAGGAUGAAGUUUAUGAACCUCCCAAAGCUCAGAAGAAAUCUAAUGAUGUGUCUUUGGAUGCAAGUUUGUUUGAUGAUGAUGUUGACAUUUUUGCUGACUUGACUGGCACAACAAAGCCAAAGGAGAAGAAAGCAAAGAAGAAAGUAGAGACGAAAUCUAUAUUUGACGAUGACAUGGAUGAUAUCUUCUCGGCUGGGAGUACAAAACCAUCGGUAAAGCCUUCCCUUAAGUCAAAGAAGAACCAGAAUGCCCGGGAUCCCAGUUUAACAGCGGACACAGGCCACAAUAUAUUCGAUGAUCCCCUGAAUGUGUUUGGAGAAAACUAAAUCUGCAUGUUAUUUAGAUAACUGUGUAGCAAUGUUGAUGGACUAAAUGAAUGUAGACAUACUCUAACAAAUCCUAAUUGAUAACUUUUACAAGAAAAUUGAGUAAAAGAUCAUAACUCUAAUGGCAUCUAGAAAAUCAUCUGAUUGGUAAAUGAUGUAGCCGUCAUGAACUGGCAUUGUCAUCUGCAAGGGGUUUACAUGUAUUUCAUUAGCACUUUAAAUGUGUCUGGAAAGAUAUAAAGGAUGAUUUUUUUUUAGACUGGAGACAUUUUUCUAAUAUUGUCAGCUGGAUAUUGUCAGGAUUCAAAUUCAUCAUUGUGCCAUAACUCAAGCCCAUGCACCAACAUAAGUGCUGUCUUUUGUUGUUUUUAUAACUUGAUCUGAUGAAGUUUUUCUUGUGUUGCAUGUGAAAUGACUUUUAAAAUUAAAGUAAAUAUAUUUUAUGAA